AAAAUAGCAAUCAAAAUAAUAUGAAUUCUACUUUUAUAGUGAUUGCUAUAAACGAUAAAAUAGCAAAAGACAAUAAUAAUGACAUUUUGGCAAAUUCUCGGCCCAAUUGGUGGCAGAAAAAAGUUGAUAAGAGACCCACUCUAGUGGUUAGUGAUGAACCCACGGGCACUGGAGUCCCGACGUGGAAAGAGAUCGAUAUGUUUAGUGCGGAUGAGAGAAGAGGACGCAGUUAUGCCUACCGGACGGACAGGACUGACAACAGUUCACUCAACGCUCAUCAAUACGUGCCUUCACUUCCAGUGUUAAUACUUUUGAAUGUUUUCUUAUUUUCAUUCAAUUCUUAUUAGAAUAGAGUCCUCUUUAUACUCAAAACAUUCAUCAAAUAUAUACCAAAUUCAUAGCCAAACAUUCAAAUGCA